CAUUCCCGCUCUCUGACUGCGAGCAUUACUGAAGUGUCUUACUCACUCCUCACUUCCAUCCUGUCAUUUCCUCACACACUCCUACACACACACACACACACGCCAUUCCUCUCACACAUGCUCACACCGCUCUCCUACAGAAAAGCUGUUCUUUUCUAUCUCAGGCUGCCUCCUGCUUCUCAUCUGGCUCCUUCACUCUUUCAGGAUUUACACUGCUUUAUUCUGCUGGAUCUUAUGAAGAUGACCACUAUCUAUUUAUGGAGGGAUGCUUGUAGCUAAUGACUGUCCUCAAACACAGGGCCUUCAUGUGUUUCCAUUAAUCAGAAGACAGUGAGGACCCCUUCCUCUUUACACAUGAGCCAUGCUGUGAGGCUAUAAUGAUGGCAUCAGUGCUGGCCAAUGGGAUGCAGGGGGGCCCGUCUGUGGUCCUCAAGGGUGUGGACCCUGAAACAUGCAUGAUAGUCUUCAAAAACCAUUGGGCUCAGGUGGUGAAGAUCCUGGAGAAGCAUGACCCUUUACGCAGUGGUCUGGGAGGUCAUGGCUUGGGCACUGUAGGUCACGCAGGCCUGCGAUUGGGUCAGGUCCCCGGUGACGAGGCGAGCGCGGUGCAGAACUAUGUGGAGCACAUGCUGUUCCUGCUGAUGGAGGAGGAGAGCGGCCAGAGCGGAGCCAUGGGGCCCAUCCUGGAGUUUGUGGUGAUGGAGAACGUGAUGGAGAGGCUGUUCAUCUGGAGCCUCAGGAGAGAGUUCACUGAUGACAUGAAACUGGACCAGCUGAAGAUGUACGAGAUGCUGAUUGGUCAGGCCAGGCAGCCGCUUCUGCACCACAAACCCAUCCUGCGGCCGCUGAUGAUGUUGCUCUCGUCCUGCUCUGGCACAGCUGGCACAGCGACUGGUACAGCGGGUACAGCGGGCACCGUGGAGGCAGAGCUGGUGCUGCUCCUGAAUCAGCUGUGCUGCGUCCUGGCCAAAGAUCCAUCCAUCCUGGAGCUGUUCUUCCACACCAGCGAGGAUCAGGGGGCUGCUAACUUCCUUAUCUUUUCCCUGCUGAUCCCUUUUAUCCACAGAGAGGGAGCUGUAGGGCAGCAGGCCAGAGACGCUCUGCUCCUCAUCAUGGCACUGUCUGCAGAAAACCACGUGGUGGCCAAACACAUCGCUGAAAAUACGUACUUUUGUCCGGUGUUAGCUACUGGUCUGAGUGGUCUUUACUCAUCUUUGCCCACUAAGCUGGAUGUGCCCACUGAAGACUGGCACAGUCUGAACAGAGAGGACUGGCAGCAGGUGCCCGCUCUCGUCCAGUUCCUCAACUCCCUCGAGUUCUGCAAUGCAGUAAUGCAGGUGGCUCAUCCGUCCAUCAGAGAUCAGCUUGUUGGUUAUAUCUGCAAUGGAUUUCUCGUGCCUGUUCUGGCACCAGCACUGCACAAACUUACUAUAGAGGAGGCCAUGACCACGACAGCAUAUCUGGACCUUUUUCUGCGGAGUGUGACCGAACCCGCCCUGCUGCACACUUUCCUCAGCUUCAUCCUCCUCCAUCGCCAUGACAACGUGCACAUCCUGGAUACGCUGGUCAGCCGCAUCAACACACCCUUCCAGUUGGGGACUGUGUCUCUAGCCCUGUUCCGCACUCUGAUUGGUCUUUACUGUGAGGAUGUCAUGCUUCAGCUCAUACUCAAGUAUCUGAUCCCGUGUAAUCACAUGAUGCUGAGUCAGCGGCGGGUGCUGAAGGAAAGAGACUGUUACUCCGUCUCGGCCGCCAAAAUCCUGGCUCUUACUCCAUCCUGCUGCUCCCCCGAGAUCAUCCCUCCACCUCUCAGACAACUGGACUCCAUCGUCUGGUCAAAGGGCACACACUCAGGAACUAUGGGCAGUGAUUUUGCAGCAACCAGGCCGGCCUUCUCAGAAGAUGACGACUCAGGCAACUCUUGCGUGAUUGGUUCAGAGAUCUACCUGGAUGUGAGUUACCUGCACUACCUGUAUGAUGCCCGAAAUGGCAUUAGCAGCUGCAUGCGGGCGUGCCGAGUUUGGUCCGCCCCUUAUGACGGUGAAAACCCGCCUCCUGAGGAGUACCAGCCAAGUACGCUAGAGGAAACCAGCAGAGUUUGGUCCUCUGCUGCCCCCCGUAGGGCGACAAAAAACUCACAAGGUCAGUCUCAGGUGAACCCACAGACCCUCAGCGACCUCACGUCUCCUCUCGGGGUGGAACUGGAGUGGGACGAUAGCUACGAUGCGGCUCCUGUUCAAACAGAAGAAGAACCGGAAAAUCACGCGCCGAUCCCGGACGAGCCCCCUAAACACAUCCAGGAAUUACGCAGGACUGCAAUCAUGCUGGUUAAGGGCUCCUACAUUGAGGAGUCCGAAUUCCAAAAUGACGUUAUGGUCUAUGACCUGGUGGCCCAAAAGGAUGCUCAGGACUUAAAAGCUAAAGCUAAACUUAACCAUGUUACACCCAAACCUGUUGUAGAAACACCAGAAAUGGUGAUGAACUGUUUGGAUAACCAGAAUUCUGAGACUCCAGUCUGUAAUGGUUUAAACAGCUCUCUGGAGAACCACUCCAAUGAAAGGGAGGGAAUCCAAGCAGUAGAGAGCAAAUCUCCAGAGGGAGAAGACCUGGUCACUCAGUAUGAGGAGCUGAUUCGGACUCUGGUGGUAGAAGCAAGCAGUCCGACUAAAUCGGACAAGGAGUUGAGGAGUCCGAUAGUGCCGAUGGAGGAAGAGGAGGAUGACAUGGACUUCAGCGUCUUCUCCGCAGAGACUCCAGAUUCAGAGAAAAUUCCCUCACCGUUCGGAACCAAACCUCGGAGUGCGAGCAGAAACCAUUCCAUACCUUUUACUGGUCCUUUCGUGAGCGUGCUGCUGUCUAGGCUGGAGAACAUGCUGGAGAACUCUCUGCAUGUGAACCUGCUUCUUACUGGUAUUCUGGCCCAGUUAGCUGCGUAUCCUCAGCCCCUGCUGCGCUCGUUCCUCCUCAACACCAACAUGGUCUUCCAGCCCAGCCUCCGCUCCCUAUACCAGGUUCUCGCGUCUCUGAAGAACCAGAUAGAGCAGCUGGCAGCCUCAAAGAAGGAUUUCCCAGAGCUCCUCACAGCGGCGCAGCAGUGCCUACUGGCCAGAGAGAGUUCACUCAGAGGUCAAGAUUUGCUUCCAGGUUCAAACAGCCCUCAAGGUUCUGAACGCUUCUCUGGUUAUACUGCAGGGAGAACCCUGAAUAUCCCACCCGUCCAGCCCAAGAUAGUGGUCCCCCGGAACCGGACAGAGGUGUACGCCACGGUCAUUUUCACUGAGUUCCUGAAAGAGCUGGCAGCCAUCGCACAGGAACACUCUGUCCUCUCCCACCUUCCCAUGGAGGAGUAGAGCCGGGGGGCACUUUUAUCUUCUUUAAACUGGAUUUAUUUCCUCACGUCGAGCUCUCAGCACUACUACACAAAGCAGAUACCUCUUAAACCACAUGGACCUUUUUUAUGGUAUCAUUUUACAGUUUUAAAUGUUUUACGUCUUUUUUUUCAGAGAGGAUUAUCACGUUUUCAAGGUUUUAAAUUUUGGGAACAGUUUCAGUUCUGCUUUCAUCAUCAAUCAAACUCCCGUCUUCAGAAGGUUUGGUGGAACAGGCGAUUGUUGGGCUGUAAAGGUGGGUCUUGUUACAGUCCUGGAGGCAUGCGAUUCUGACCCACAUCGUCUGGAAACACAAAACCGGUCAACAAUGCUGAAAUUCCAGCUCCAGGCAAGCACCAAAGACUGAAAGACGAGAAGAUCCAGCCUGGCGUCUGUGGCGACCAGAACACUGAGGAUCUGUCGUCACUGUCCAGAGAAAAACAUGUAUUUCCAUCUAUAAAAUAGUGACGUUACAGGAGAAAAACAGCUAAAAAAUUCUUACGUUUGAGUGGAAGAGUGAAAGUUAAGGUAGAAAUAGGGCUUCGUAUAGGCAAGGACUUAUAUGACUAUAUGCAUCACAAUACAGGUGUUAUGAUUCAACAUAUAAAGCCCUACAUUACGAUACUAUGAGCAAGGCGAUGUAUUGAGAUUGUUAUCAUAUUUAUAAAAUCUGAGUAAAAAAAAAAAAAAAAAAAAAAAAAAAAAAAAAGUUUACUUUAUAUGCAGUCAGAACAGUGGGAUCACUGCUAGUGACAGUUCGCUGUAUUUAACACAAUACAACAUUAAACGGCCCCUUCUGACACCAAUCUUUACAUGUACAACUAAUAAUUAGAAAUCGAUACUUUUUAAUAUAACUAUAAUUAGCUAUUCUUUUUUUUUUAUUUAUUCAUUUAUAAUCUUAUCCCAUUUUCUCCCCACUUUACACGGCCAAUUACCAAACCCACUCAUUAGGAUUUCCCCUAUCACUAGAGAUGCCCCAACACCAGGAGGGUGAAGACUAGCACAUGCCUCCUCCGAUACAUGUGAAGUCAGCCACCACCUCUGCCGAUACAGCAUUGCAGAGUAGCAUCACAGUGCGCUCGGAGGAAAGUGCAGCGACUCGGUUCUGAUGCAUCAGCUCACAGACGCAGCGUUGUGCUGAUGGGAAAUAGUGCCGUCUAGCACAACUGGCCUCUCUCAGGUCUCCGGCAGCUGAUUGCAGGCUACAUGAACGGGAUUCAAACCAGCGAUCUCAGGAUUAGUUAUUAUAAAUUUAAAGCAUUUCUAUUGGUCUUUUUAUCCAGAUUGAUUUACACAGUGUACAGAGCCGCUACACUAAACUAAAAACAGACAAAAAAAAAAGGAGAUACAUGUUUUUUGCUGGACAGCAGUGACGUACAGGCAUGUACAGGAUCUGGUUUGAGUAUACACAGUCCAUGCCUUUAAAAAUCCUCAUUCGUUUAAUUAUGGCCUUAUUGCACACAGUAGUGCCUUCUUCAUCUCUUCUGCCACGACAAGCUGGAUUCCACAAACUGUGCUUUACUGGUUUAACAGACUAUUUCUGAGGCUACAUCCACACACACACACACAUCUUCUUGUCUGGUUUUGAGCUUCUGUCCACAUAGAAACACCAUAGUAAAAUAUUGUUGGUACUUGAACAUGGAACUUUCUGAAAAAUCUCUGUUUUUCAGUGUAUUUUCAGUGUAUUUUCAGUGUAGCCGUGUGUACAGGGAAAGGGAGUUUUAAAAAAAGCACUGAUGUCACAAUGCAAGCAUUCUUCGGGCUGAAUCUCAAAUACCUCCUUUGUGUCCAUUUCAAUAUAGGUCUAUUACAAAUAUAUAAUACUCUGUUUAAAUUCAGAAUCCAACAUUUUGGGGCUUGCAUAAUACAAGUUAGGGUUCGAAUCCAAGAUCAUGCUGCUUCACAAUCAGCAGCCGGAGUCCGAGAGAGCACAGCUGGCCUCUGUUGUUCUGAAGAUGGUACUCUUUCUGAGCUGGGGAUCCGAUGCUUUCCUCCAAGUGCCUUGAUUACCCAGUGAUACUGCGUCACUAUAGGGGUGAUCGGGGAGUCCUAAUAGAUGAGUUGAGAAAUUGAAGGCUUUUAAAUUGGAGAGAAAAUGAGAUAAAAUACAAAAUAUAUUAUUUACAUUGAUCUGUUUUUAAAAAUAUCCAGAUCCACUUGGACAUAGCCUAAGCGCAUACAGUGAGAUGAAGAGAAUAUUACAUAGCAAAGUAAGUUUACUUAUUCUAUAACUAUAUAAAUCAACAAGCUACAACUAGCAUUUCGUUCAGGAUAACAGGGACUAGAAUCAGGCAUAGCCAGUUAGCAUUUCAUGUCAUAUUGUAGCUGGGCACAUACAUCCUUACAAACUGCUACUAUAACAUUUUAACAGUAAUAAAAUACCAUUUGUCUGAUUGAAUACAGCCAACACAUUCAUUACUCACAUUCAAGCCUUAUCUGAGCAUCAUACACAUGCUGAAGUGUUUGUCUUAGAAGCGAUUUGAAUUUAGCACAGUGUAAGAUGGUAUUUAUUAGUUAGGGUUAUGUUUUUCAAUGGGGGAGGGUAUUUAAACUCUUUUGUAGAGAGAGAGAUUAUAUUGCCAUAUUUUUUCACAAAAGUUUUACUUUAAGAGUUGUCUUGUAAAUUUCUUGUGUCUUAUAUUUACGGUGUAAACACAGCAGGAAGGAGCAGAACUAAUAUUCUGGUGAGUUUGAAUAAGCACAGGUGUAUUUGUGUGUAAAUGGUGUGUAAAAUCUUUGGUUUGGGUUGAGGAUUUCAGGCUGUGGAGUGUUAAAACAAUGAUUGAACGCUACUGAAGAAAGAUUGCUGUAGGAAGAUUGAUGCAGCUGACCUCUCUAGAUGGAUGCUUUGUCCACAAAUGUGGUAGAAGCUACUGUUUAUUAGAAAUCUAGUGACACAGGUUAGUAUUCAACUCUAUUUAUAUAUGGUUUAUAUAAAAAAUACAUUUAGAAUUGGGGAUGCACUAAAAAAAUAAGACCAAACUUAACAUUUGCAGACACAAAUACUUAAGGUUUUCAUUUAUUUUGCCACUUUUUAAGACAUACCAACAAUGAACAAUACUUUUACCUCAGAAGUGCAAAUUUAAUCAUGAAUGUACCUCAGUUUUGCUAUUUUAAUUAUGGAUUUACCUCAGUUCAGUCACAUGAAUGAAAUUUAUACAGAAAAAGGCAGUUAUUUGGUAGAAAGCUAACAUUACUAUCCGAGCCCUGUACAACUUGUCUUUAAGAUGAAAAACAGUCAGUUUGUUAAGUAAACUGAUAAUAAGUAUGAUAUGUGAUGCUAGUAGUAGCAGUAAUGUUAAUUAAACUACAGUUAUUUCUGACCCUGCAGUAUGAUUGGCUGAGAGGCGUUUUAUGAUUGCCGUUAUCAGCUGGUAAUGCACUCUAACUGAAGCUCUCCAUGUAUUACUCCACCACAUACAGGUAACCUAGCAACAAUGCAGCGCUUACAAGCCAAACAGUGCAGCUACAAAUAGAGCAGCAAUGGAACUAUUUUAACUUGCAGAGAUUUUAAAACCAAACAGAUCGUAUUUUCUAGUCCUCUUUAACUUGUUCCGAAACUGUGGUACUAAUUACGCAAUAAUACACUUGAGGUUUGUGCUAUAACAUGUAAUAUUGGCACUGCAGUGCUGCGGUCAUAGGCAUGAGGUCAAGCGCCAAUAUUACAAGUUAUAGCACGAACCUGGAGUGUAUUAUUGCUUUAUUAGUAGUAGUGAUAUAAUGAACUUAAACGUGAUGUUUAGUUGGUUCACUGCUGGCUCUCUCCCUCACUCCCUGCACUGUAUCCAGCAGCGCUCUGAUACACCAGCAUUCUGUAAAGCUUGUCUAACCUCACAACAGUAGCUACAGGGCAACAAAUUUGUGGGCGGGGCCUAGAGAGGACAGUCAUCUUAUACAAUUACAAUAUUAAUUGGCUGUGACUUGUUGAGAUAAGAACGCUUAUUUUCAUAAUGAGAAACAAAAGUACUAAAAAACAGCAAAACUGCUCUUUACCAUCACUGAGAAUGCCUUGAUUUUAACAAACACACCUUCAGUAAUCAUAUUUUUAUAAAAAUCAGCAUUAUUGUAUAACCUAUUAUACAAUACCUAUCUGUUAGUAAAGGAUCCUUUCAUCCAUAAGCUGACCAUGACCUUUAAUAAUAUUAUGCAGCGUUUUUUUAGACAAAUUGUACCUUAAAUAUUUAAUAUUUUUCCUACCUUUUUCUCAUUUUGAUCAGAAAGACUAAAAUUUUUGCAGAGAAAAUGCCACCGUGCAUCUUUUUAAAUCCAAAGAUAUUUAUAAAAGUUUUUAAAACAUAUCAAGUAUAUUUUUACAGUGGUACAACAUCAACUGUUCCAGUAACAAUGACAUGCUGAUACAAUAUUUUCUCAUUUUCUGUAAAUCAUGCUUUUGAUCUCCUUUAAAAAAAGACAAUCAGUUGAGAUUUAUUUGUUUAAUUUAUAAUAAAUCCCUGUUUUAAGUUAAUGUGAGUGAAUGGAUGUGCGCUGAAACCCUGCUGUAGGUUCAGGUUAAGUUGAGUUUAAUGGUUUGUCUAUUUGUGGGAUGUCAAAAAUGCACAAAAAGCCUUCCUGAAUAAAGACUCUUGGCCUCUUUAAAAA